UUCCGACGUCUCCCGUUUCACAUGUUUCUCACCCGUAUCAGAAAAGGAAACUUGUUGGAAACGGAGACCCUCGAAUCAGGGUCUUGAUAUGUCAUCCAUUUUUUUUUUAUUUUUUUUUUUGCGAUCUGAUCCGCCUCCAUUGAUGGUCAUCUUUUGGUCUGUCAUACAUAAAGCAGUAAUCCAAAUUCCACUCCUUUAUGUAAAAAUUUGGCCCAUCUGAAGGGUCGCCUGAAAAUUUUCAGUCACACACCGUGUUCCAGCCUUUGUUCAUUCCACACCAGGCACCAGUAUGGGCUCGCACUCCCACUCGCAUUCUAAGCACAAGUCCAAGAAGCGAAGACAUUCAGACGAUUCACACAAGGAAAGACACAGCCGAAAGAGAAAACAUAGCCGGUCUCCUUCUGUCGAACACCCUUCUAAACGAUCUCAUCCGCACCAUAAAGCGAGUGAAGAAAAAAAUGCCAACGACGACGCUAUUGCUCAAUUAAGAAAGCUGGCUCAAGCGCAGAAAACGAAAGAACAGCCGAAAGAAAAAAAAGUAAUCAGUACUCCUGAGACUAGUCACCAUGGUCGUCGACAAGUCAUGGUUCCCAUGACCAAAGAAUCUUACGAGAAAGAACGAUCGAUUAUUCGCCGCGAACUCGAUCCUGAUACAGGUCGAAUGCGUUUGGUGAGGGCGACAGGCGAAAUCCUGGAAAGUGUGGUGACUCGGGAUCAGCAUCGUGCCAUCAACAAAACCGCGACUUUGAGUGAUGGUAUCAACUUCCAAGCUCGUCUCUCUCAACAAAUGCAUCACAUAUCGUAAAAUGAACGACACUGCAACUCAGCUUACGUUGUCUCGUGAAAUACUGCAAUUGCCGCACCGUAAAGAGUAUGCUGAAGUAUCUAUCGCAA